GAAUGGAUUUCCACCACUAAUGUGUUUUAUCCCUCCUUCUCUUCUAUAGGUUGCCCAGGAAUGUGGGACAAUAUUACAUGCUGGAAACCUGCAAGUGUGGGUGAAAUUGUCUUUGUCAAGUGUCCUGCACUCUUCAGAUUUAUCAUCUCUGAAGACGGUUGGGAAGUAGAUAACUUGGGGCAAACCCAUGCAGGUGAUUAUGACCUGCUGGAAAGCACAGCCCAGUCUCCCCUAGGGGACAUCAGCAGAAAUUGCACCGAAGAUGGCUGGUCUGAACCUUUUCCUCAUUAUUAUGAUGCCUGCGGCUUUGAUGAAAAUGAAACAGAGUCCGAUAACCAGGAUUACUACUAUCUAUCUGUGAAGGCUCUAUACACUGUGGGAUACAGCACUUCUCUUGUUUCCCUCACCACUGCCAUGGUUAUCCUGUGUCGCUUCAGGAAGCUUCACUGCACUCGAAAUUUUAUCCACAUGAACCUCUUUGUUUCAUUCAUCCUACGUGCAAUAUCUGUAUUCAUUAAAGAUGGGGUUCUUUAUGCUGAACAGGAUGGCAACCACUGUUUUAUCUCAACGGUGGAAUGCAAAGCAGUGAUGGUGUUUUUUCACUACUGUGUCAUGUCCAACUACUUCUGGCUUUUCAUCGAGGGAUUGUACCUUUUCACUUUAUUGGUAGAAACCUUUUUCCCAGAGAGGAGAUAUUUCUACUGGUACACUAUUAUUGGCUGGGGUACCCCAACAAUUUGUGUCACUGUCUGGGCAGUGCUGAGACUUCACUUUGAUGACACUGGCUGCUGGGACAUGAAUGACAACACUGCCUUGUGGUGGGUGAUCAAAGGUCCUGUGGUUGGAUCAAUCAUGAUAAACUUUGUGCUUUUUAUUGGCAUAAUUGUGAUACUUGUGCAGAAACUCCAGUCACCUGAUAUCGGGGGCAAUGAAUCCAGCAUUUACUUGAGACUGGCUCGCUCUACACUACUGCUUAUCCCCUUGUUUGGAAUUCACUACACGGUGUUUGCUUUUUCUCCUGAAAAUGUCAGUAAGCGGGAGAGACUAGUGUUUGAAUUGGGACUGGGAUCGUUCCAGGGUUUUGUUGUUGCUGUUCUCUAUUGUUUCUUGAAUGGGGAGGUGCAAUCAGAAAUAAAGAGAAAAUGGAGGAGCUGGAAAGUCAACCGGUAUUUUGCUGUGGAUUUCAAACAUCGUCAUCCUUCUCUAGCGAGCAGCGGAGUGAACGGGGGGACACAACUCUCCAUUCUGAGCAAGAGCAGCUCUCAGAUUCGGAUGUCCAGCAUAAAUGCGGAGAACCUAGCAACAUGA